AUGGCUAAUAUUGGGUUAAGAGACAAAUUAGAAGCAAUUGUGCCAGAACUACACUAUUAUCAGAAAAGAAGAAUAUUCAAACCCAAUGAAAUAGAAAGUAUUGUCAAUCAAAGAAAGGCUUUUGAACUCAAUCUGAUUAACAACUCUUCUCUUCAUGCUUAUCUCAAGUACAUUGAAUACGAAGUUCUUCUCGAACGUAUCUAUCAGAAAAGAGUUGCCCGCAAAAACAACCCCAGAGAUUAUAUCUCUAAACGGGUAGAUAAACUAUUCACUCGAGCUGAGCGCAAGUACCCCAAUGAUAUAUCUCUACCUAUCUCCCAUUUAGAUUAUCUUAUCUCUGUAGAUCAAAGGGAUAAAGCCCUUCAACUAGCUCUAGCCCUUCCUACUAGACAUGCCGGUUCUCCAACCAUCUGGAUCCACUCGGCCAAACAACUCCGUAAACUUGGCGAAGUAGAUGCCUCCCGUAUUCUUUUCCAAAAAGCCCUUCGUCUCAUUACCGAUAAAGAGGAAAUCAUUAACUCAUUCAUUGAAAUGGAGCAUCUUGAUACUCAGUCAGACUCACCCCAAAUUAUUGCCAUCCUUGAACAACAACUUACAACCAAUAAAUAG